AUGGCCACCAGUUCCAAGGUGUUCAAGAAGACCUGCCCCAACAGGAAGCUGUCCAUCUACCUGGGGAAACGGGACUUUGUGGACCACGUGGACUCAGUGGAACCCAUUGAUGGUGUCGUCCUGGUUGAUCCCGAGUACAUGAAAGAUCAAAAAGUGUUCGUAGUGCUGACUUGUGCUUUCCGCUAUGGCCGGGAUGACCUGGAUGUGAUCGGUCUGACGUUCCGCAAAGACCUCUACGUGCAGGCUCUGCAGGUGCUCCCCAGAGAGUCUCCAGAGGCUCCAUUGGCCCUCACAGCUCUUCAAGAAUGCCUGCUGCGCAAGCUUGGCGCUAACGCCCAUCCCUUCACCUUCCAGCUGGCCCCCAAUCUACCCUGUUCAGUGACCCUCCAGCCUGGGCCUGAGGAUGCUGAAAAGGCCUGCGGAGUAGACUUUGAAGUGAAGAGUUUCUAUGCUGAGAAUUUGGAGGAGAAAAUCCAUAAGAGGAACUCUGUGCGUCUGAUCAUUCGCAAAGUGCAGUUUGCCCCCUCGGACCUAGGCCCCAAACCCCGGGCUGAGACUGCCUGGCACUUCCUUCUCUCUGACCACCCCCUGAAGCUAGAAGCCUGGAUGGACAAAGAGGUCUACUACCAUGGGGAACCCAUCUCCAUCCAUGUCGCCAUCAACAAUGGCAGCAGCAAGCUCAUCAAGAAAAUAAAGGUGGCAGUUGACCAGAUUGUUGACGUCGUCCUGUACUCCGGGGACAAGUACACCAAGACCGUGUUCACUGCAGAGUUUGUAGAGACGGUGGCUGCCAAUUCCACGUUCUCCAAGAGCUUCACAGCGACACCAAGCCUGGCUGCCAACCGCCAGAAACAGGGCCUGGCCCUGGAUGGCCAACUUAAGCAUGAAGACACCAAUCUGGCCUCCAGCACCAUUCUUCAGCCGGGCACAGACAGAGAGUCCCUGGGGAUCCUGGUGUCCUACCAAGUCAGGAUCAGCAUGGUGGUGUCUCGUGGAGGCAUCCUAGGAGAUCUGAUGUCCAGUGACAUGAGCGUGGCGCUUCCUCUGAGGCUGAUGCAUCCCAAGCCAUCUUGCGAUGUCACCAGUGAGGAUGUUGUCAUAGAAGACUUCGCUGGACAUGACACUGAAGAAGAGACCACCGUCGCCACUGCCUCCGGGGCCAAGGACAACUGA